UCCAUUCAAAACAAAAACAAAAACAAUGUCCGCAAAUUGUCUAGAUCCGGAAAAUACGACGUAUCUGGAUGAAUUAUGCAGAAUCUGUGCUGUAAAAUGUAGUAUCCUGGAUGUUAGUGUGUACUCUGACAUGGGACUCUUGAAGGAAUUGCAGAAAAAGUUGGAUUCUUGCCUCCCAAUCUCUGUCAGGGAACACGAUCCCUUCCCCAAGAAGUUGUGUGAAAACUGCUGCUAUCAGCUUGAAGCUUUCUACGAAUUCCGCCGGAAGAGCCUCGAGACGGAGAACUAUUUCAACAGCUUGCUGAAGAAGUCUGAAGAAACUUCCGGCUUUUCCGGGGAUUCUUUUGCCCACAUUGAUUUUGAGGACAUACAGGAGUCUGAGCAGAAGACACACAGCACCAGUGGGGGCUACAUUCUCGGUGGAGAUGAUAUUCUCAUCACAGUUGAAGAGAAUGGUUCGCAAUUCAUUGACAAUCUCUCCGGGAAUGAGAUUAUCAAUUUUGACCAAACAAUGCUCUCAGAUCCGAAUAUUUUCAAUUUGAAAAUUGAUCAGAAAGAAGAGGAGCCCAAAGAAGCUUCCCUUCCGGCAAAAUCAUCAGACUACCUUCCGGAAGAUUUGAAUUUUGAAGAUGAACUCCCGGAUCAAUUGCCAGACGUGCCCGAUGUGUCGGAUGUGGAUGAUAUAAAGAUGGAUGAGAUUGAUAAUUCUCCCGGAAUGGAUUGUCCUGACAUUGAAGAUGCCGCCGAGAGUCCAGAAGUUGAGAAGAAGGAUGAGGAGAAGAAGAAGAAGCCUCGGCAGUGUGAUGUGUGUCAGAAGACUUUUCAGAAUAAUUUCAAACUUGAGGAGCAUAAAUUGAGGCAUACAGACCCAAAACCCUACAAAUGCUCCUUCGAGGGAUGCUCAAAGGCAUUCCAGUCGAAGAUAGGAAGGGAACAGCAUGAGGCUUCCCACAGGGGGGUCUUCCUCCUCACUUGUGAUAAAUGCGGGAAGGGCUUUCAGUGUCAGAGCUACUUAACCGUCCAUCAGCGUGUCCAUUCAGAUGAGAAACCUUUUGGAUGCUCAACAUGCGGGAUGCGCUUCAAGGCAAAGGCUACGCUGGUUAAUCAUGAGAAUCGCCACAAAGGUAUUCAGCCCUUCAAGUGCAGCACCUGCCGGAAGGGUUUCGUCACGAAGGCUCUGUGCCAGGCGCACGAGAUGACGCACACAGAGGAGGGGAAUCAAAAGUACCCCUGUGACGUGUGUCAGAAAAAGUUUGUCUGCAAAACCUACCUCAAAGUCCACAUGCGCAUCCACACGAAUGAUCGCCCAUUCAGCUGUGAGGUCUGUGGCAAGAAAUUCCGCACGAAGAUUGAUCUUAAAUCCCACUUUGAGGUACACAUCAGGGAGAAGAAGCACGUCUGUGAGAUUUGUGGGAAGAAUUUCUCCCGGAAAGACUCCCUGAAUGUGCACAGAAGGCGGCAUUUGGGCACGAGGCCAUACAAAUGCCACUACUGCGACGACAGAUUCACCCAAUCAUCCGUCCGGAAUGCCCAUAUGAAGCUCCACACGGGCGAAAGGGCUUUCGCGUGCCCAGACGCAAGUUGCUCCAAGAGAUUCGUGUCACGCAGCACAAUGAUGACGCACCUCAAGAGAUGCAGCACGCAUCAAAUUCCCAGUUAA